AGCGCUCACAUGCCUAGAACAGCGAGGACUCCCGAGCUUUUCUCCAACGGGAGGAGACGAGGGAACAGGGGGGAGGAGUGUCGGCCGGGCGCCUGCGCCAGCGGUUCCUAUCGCUGCUCUCUCUCGCUUUGCUUGGUCUUGGUGGAACCGACGGGAGUGAAAUGUAACAAAACAAGCGGCGUCUUUGUAUGCGCUUAAAGGAGCCGUGGCCGCUUGAAGCCAAAACUGAGGAGGAGGGAAAGGGGGAAGAAAGUGGCUAGGAGAAAGAAGUGAAGGCAAGAGCUUGCACGUUCCCAGGUGGGACGAAGGGUUCGGGACCAGAAGCUGCACUGGGGAAACUGUGCCGGAGAGCAGGAUUACUUAACGAGACGAAGGACAGAAGGCUCCCCUGAAGGAGAGGGGGAGGAAGAGAGCCUUUCAAAGCGUCAGGACAGCAGGAGAACGUCUAGGGGACUAUCUGGAGUGAUCAAAGCUGGGUUUGCGGAGCUGGGAUGGGAACAAUGCUGGCGGAGGAGGCGGUGGCUGCGGGCAGGAACCGGGCAAAGUUUGCUCUAUGAUGGCUUGAACGGGGCGGCUGGAAAGUUGCAGGGAGCGCCCGGGGAAGGCUUGUUCUAUGCCCCCAGCGGGCUGACUCCCUUGCUCGGAGCAGCCAGCUGUGUGUCUGUCUGUCUGGUCCGUCAUCGGUCCUUUUAUUUAUAGUUUUCUGCUCUUAGAUUUUUUUUUAAAAUUAUCUAGUUAAACUUUGCGAUCGCCAUGUCGAAAGUGAUCCAAAAGAAGAACCACUGGACGACCAAGGUGCACCAAUGCACGGUCAGCCGCGGGGCUCAGGGCCUGCUCGGGGUCACCAUCCUGGGGGGAGCGGAGUAUGGAGAGUUUCCUUACGUCGGGGCAGCGGCGGAGGACGGUGAGGGGGAGACGGCGCUUCUCGGCGGAGGCGAAGGGAAACUCGGCGAAGGGGAGCUCUUGUUGGAGGUGCAGGGCAUCCGGGUGUCGGGCUUGCCCCGCUACGACGUGCUGGGAGUUAUUCGGAGCUGCAAGGAUCCCAUCGUUUUCAAAGCCGUCAGACAAGGAAGUCGUCUGAACAAAGAUCUGAGACAUUAUCUCAACCAGAGGUUUCAAAAAGGAUCUCCAGAUCACGAGCUGCAACAGACUAUCAGAGAUAACCUUUAUCGCCAUGCUGUGCCUUGCACAACACGUCCUCCACGAGAAGGAGAAGUGCCUGGUGUGGACUAUAACUUUCUAACUGUGGGGGAGUUUCUUGAGCUUGAGAAAAGUGGGACUCUUCUUGAAGUUGGGACCUAUGAAGGUAACUAUUAUGGAACACCCAAGCCUCCCAGCCAACCCCUCAGUGGGAAAGUGAAUAAUACUGAUGCUUUGCAAAACCUCCAAUCCGGCUCCAAGCAGUCGACCCCCAAACGAACCAAGUCUUACAAUGAUAUGCAAAAUGCUGGCAUAGUGCAUACAGAGAAUGAAGAGGAAGAGGAUGUCCCUGAAAUGAACAGUAGCUUUACAGCAGACUCUGGUGAACACGACGAGCACAAUACCCACAGUAUAAGAGACUCAGCUUCCCCAUCUGUGAAUAGCAGCAUCACCACCGUCCCCACCACGGAACCUUCUCAGAAGCUCCCUCAAUACCUACCUCCUUGUGCAGAGGAAAACUUGGGUCCUCUGCCUGAAAAUUGGGAGAUGGCCUAUACAGAGAAUGGAGAAGUCUACUUUAUAGACCAUAACACUAAAACAACAUCUUGGCUAGACCCACGGUGCCUGAACAAACAGCAAAAGCCUCUAGAAGAAUGUGAAGAUGAUGAAGGGGUACACACGGAGGAACUGGACAGUGAACUAGAACUACCUACUGGUUGGGAAAAGAUUGAAGAUCCUGUGUAUGGUGUCUACUAUGUAGACCAUAUCAACCGUAAAACACAAUAUGAAAACCCGGUUUUGGAAGCUAAACGGAAAAAACAGCUUGAGCAACAGCAGCAGCAGCAACAACCACCACCACAACCAGCAGAAGAAUGGACAGCAGAGCAUCCCCCUCUUGCACCUCCUGCUAUUCCAAAUCAUGCUCCCAACAACCAGGAGACAGUUCGAGAUGCUCCAGUACAAGCAGGAAAACCAUUUUUCACACGGAAUCCAUCUGAACUGAAAGGAAAGUUCAUUCACACCAAACUGAGGAAAAGCACCAGGGGUUUUGGUUUCACUGUUGUCGGUGGGGAUGAACCAGAUGAAUUUCUUCAGAUAAAGAGUUUGGUGCUUGAUGGCCCUGCAGCUCUGGAUGGCAAAAUGGAAACAGGGGAUGUUAUUGUCAGUGUGAAUGACACAUGUGUGCUGGGCCACACACAUGCUCAAGUUGUCAAAAUCUUCCAGUCAAUUCCCAUCGGUGCCAGCGUGGAUCUAGAACUCUGCCGAGGCUAUCCUCUGCCUUUUGACCCAGAUGAUCCCAACACAAGCCUGGUAACAUCUGUGGCCAUUUUGGAUAAAGAACCAAUAAUUGUGAAUGGACAAGAAAACUAUGACUCUCCAGCAAGCCACGGUAGUAAAACAGGGAAAGUAAAUGGGAUGAAGGAGCCCAGGCCCAGCAGUCCCGCUGAGGUUUCUUCAAAUGGAUCCCAUGGCUACCCUAAUGACACCGUCUCUUUGGCUUCUUCUAUAGCAACGCAACCUGAACUCAUAACUGUACAUAUAAUUAAAGGGCCCAUGGGCUUUGGCUUUACUAUAGCAGACAGUCCUGGGGGUGGGGGACAGAGAGUGAAGCAAAUUGUUGACAGCCCAAGGUGCCGAGGCCUAAAAGAAGGGGAUCUUAUAGUUGAAGUCAACAAGAAGAAUGUCCAGAAUCUAACUCAUAACCAAGUUGUGGAUAUGCUGAUCGAAUGUCCUAAAGGAAGUGAGGUGACAUUGCUUGUGCAGCGAGGAGGACUGCCAGCCCCAAAGAAGAGUCCAAAGUCGCAACCGCUUGAAAGGAAAGACAGCCAAAACAGCUCUCAGCACAGCGUCUCCAGCCAGCAUAGCACACACACUGCUUCACCUGUCCACAGCACUCAGGUGCUUCCUGACUAUCCUGCCACUGAAGCACCAGCUGUGGAUCAACCAGACAACGCUGGGCAGAAGAAGCCAGAUCCUUUCAAAAUCUGGGCCCAGUCCAGGAGCAUGUAUGAAAGCAGACCUAUGUCACCUUCGCCUGCGACUGGACUGAGCAAGGGUGAAAGAGAGAGAGAAAUCAAUUCCACGAAUUUUGGAGAAUUUCCAGAUUAUCAAGAGCAGGAUAUUUUUCUAUGGAGAAAGGAAACUGGAUUUGGGUUUAGGAUUCUUGGUGGAAAUGAGCCUGGAGAACCUAUUUAUAUUGGUCACAUUGUGCCACUGGGUGCUGCAGAUGCCGAUGGUCGCCUGAGAUCUGGGGAUGAAUUAAUCUGCGUGGAUGGAACACCCGUUGUCGGGAAAUCUCAUCAGCUUGUAGUCCAGCUUAUGCAACAGGCUGCCAAACAAGGCCAUGUCAAUUUGACUGUCAGGCGCAAAGUGGUGAACACAGUUCCAAAAGCAGAGAAUGAGGUCCCCUCCCCAGCCUCAUCUCAUCAUAGCAGCAACCAGCCUGCUUCUCUAACAGAGGAGAAACGCACUCCACAGGGGAGCCAGAACUCACUCAACACAGUCAGUUCCGGCAGCGGCAGCACCAGUGGGAUUGGUAGUGGAGGUGGUGGAGGCAGCGGAGUGGUCAGCACUGUGGUGCAGCCCUACGAUGUGGAAAUACGUCGGGGAGAGAAUGAAGGCUUUGGCUUUGUCAUUGUUUCUUCAGUUAGUCGGCCAGAAGCUGGAACAACUUUUGCAGGCAAUGCAUGUGUGGCCAUGCCUCACAAAAUAGGUCGGAUUAUUGAGGGAAGCCCAGCAGACCGCUGUGGGAAGCUGAAAGUGGGGGACCGGAUAUUGGCCGUUAAUGGAUGCUCCAUCACCAACAAAUCACAUUCGGACAUCGUCAACCUAAUUAAAGAAGCGGGAAAUAUGGUUACUCUGCGCAUUAUUCCAGGGGAUGAAUCCUCCAAUGCAACUUUAUUGACCAACGCGGAAAAAAUUGCUACAAUUACAACCACACAUACUCCUCAACAAAUGCCACAGGAGACCAGGAACAACACAAAAUCAAAGCAGGAGUCCCAAUUCGAUUUCAAACCACCCACAGCCUCACAGCCUGAUCAGGAUUUUUACACGGUUGAGCUUGAAAGAGGAGCCAAAGGGUUUGGCUUUAGUCUGCGAGGGGGCCGGGAAUAUAACAUGGAUCUCUAUGUGUUGCGGUUAGCAGAGGAUGGUCCUGCUGAGAGAUGUGGAAAAAUGAGGAUUGGUGAUGAGAUCCUGGAGAUCAAUGGAGAAACUACAAAGAACAUGAAGCAUGCCCGAGCCAUAGAACUAAUUAAAAAUGGUGGCCGCAAAGUUCUCCUGUUUCUCAAACGUGGAGAUGGCUCUGUACCAGAAUAUGACCCCAGCAGUGACAGGAACAGUCCAGCCACAGGUUCACAAAAUGUAUCGGAAAUGAAAAACAUGCCAUCUGACAGAAGACAACACUCAUUAUUGGAGCCCAGUUAUCCACCAGAUCUUCACAAAUCAUCACAACAUGGAGACAAGCGGAUAUAUAUUAAAGACCCAAAAGGCAGCAGAGAAUUUGGCAGACAAUCCAAUGAGCACCACACAUGGAAUGGAACUUCUAAAAACAGCAAUAGCAUAACAGGCAGGAAAAAAGACAGGUCACCAGAAGGAAGGCGAGACCGGCAACCAGAGAGGAUGGUGGUGAUCAACGGACAAAAACGGAAAUCUCCAGAGAAGAGGAGGGAAGGUACUAGGAGUGCUGACAAUACUUUGGAGAGAAGGGAAAGACACGAGAAGAGGAGAGACUUUUCUCCAGAGAGACGAAGAGAGAGGUCACCAACUCACAGGAGGGAUGGCUCACCUAGCAGAAGGAGGCGGUCACUCGAAAGGCUAAUGGAUCAACGGAGGUCACCAGACAGGAAGAGAGAGAACUCACCCCCUGAAAGGAGGGCAAAAUCAACUGACAGGAGAAGGGAGAGGACCCCAGAACGGAGGAGAGAGCGGUCUCCUGACAAAAGGAAUAGAGAUGACAGAAUUGGCUUCAGGGAGAAGGAAGAGCGCCUUCUGAAAUAUGACACUAAUAAGAAUAAUAGGCACCCACCUGAGCAAAGACGGCGACCCUAUAAAGAAUGCAGUACUGACCUCAGUAUUUAAUGGUUCUUAUGGGCACAGUUGUGGCCUUCCUAGCAUUCAGAAUUCCCAAGAGCAAAGGAAACAACCUAAAAUCCAUUUUGGUUCCUCACAUCAAAUGCCUCCAACAGCAACAAUAUAGAUGAAAUUGAAUCAUGAGAAUAUGUACGUGUAUGAUGGCAUUAAAGUAUUUUCCAAUGUAUUCAUUAAAAAAAAAUCGCCAAAUGUUCAUCCUCAAGGAUUAUGAAAGUUGUGUUCUUCCAUAAUCAGUGACCAUAAUGAGCAUAAAUCUUUCCAUUGAUAACUUCUUGUUGCAUUGUCCCUUUCCUAGUUACUUGAAGAGCAAGCCAACAAUGGUAAAGAGUUUUAUGAUCAACCACACUGAUGUGCUUUCAUUGUGAUUCACUGCAAUGAUGUAUGUGGGAUUUUCUAAAGGAUGGGUUGGAGGAAGAGCGGGGGCUAUCAUUAAAAACUGAGAACUACUGUGGUUGGAGGUUUUUGUUAUUUUAUUUACAAAUAAACGUAUUGCUAAAAUUAAGAACUAUUUGAAAAGACUACUAUUGGGAUGAAGGAUAUUUAUACAGUUCCAUACAGCACAAUAUGUUAAGGCGUUUAUAGUGUGUUCCAUGAACAAUAUGUACUUUUGGGUCUCCUUUAAAAGGAAGCAAGAUGGCCAAGGACUGGGAGCCAUUUUGUACUUUGUCAUGCAUGGGAUCAACCAUCAAGUUUUUCAUUUCUGCAACACUUAACAAUAUUUCACAACUGCAGUACCACUGUGAGUCUUCUUCAACUGGUAGGACUGGGCAGAUGAAAUUGGAGUCUGCAUGAUAUCAUUUGUCUACUCUGAAGAGAAGUUUAUAUUAAGUUUGGUUCCUGAAUCAAGAUGCAUUUUGAGGAACAAAUGUUCUUUUCACAGACUGAGUUUUAAUGCCUUCCAUUCAGGCUAAAUGUUUUUAUUACUAUUAUUGCCAAAUGGAGCUGCCUCUAUUAUUCUCUUUUUCUUUUCCGUUUACCAAUUCACUCUUCCUUGAGACAAAAGUGCAUUUGCAAAGAAAACACGAUGUGUCAAGGACUGUCAAAAGAAGCAGUAGCUGGAAAGCUUGGUUUUGAGGUUCCAAUGCCUAAAUAUAGUAUAUGCUAUACUUUGGACUAUAAAGAAUACAGGAAAAAAAAUACAAGGUUCUGGUUUUUUUAAAUGGCAAGUUUGUGUGGUAAGUCUGCUGUAGUACUGAUUUGAGAUAUUAAUGGAUUACUGCCUAGCUGAGCCAAAACGUUUGCCGUUACUGUUGGACCACUAAAGGUUUAAAACUGCUGCUUUUUAUUUUACAGUGCAUUGAUGUGUACAUGUGUACUGUUUCACCAUCUUUUCCACACACACAUACACACAGAUUAAGGAUUACAAGUCUAUCACUGUUGUUGCCAUGGUACUGUAAAGAAAAGGGGGGGAAAAGAUGGCCAAUCAUUGUAUGUACAGAGUUUAAAUUGUAAUUAAUAGAGCCUGUUGAAAACAAAAACUGUUGCCUUUUUUCUUGUAUAAAAGAGACUUUAUGACAAAAUUUAGCUGUGGGGAAUGUGCUAAGUGUUUAUAUUUCUGGGGGGGAAAGGAACAAAUUGAUUCAUGAGGAUAUAUUUUAAUGUAAACUGAAUCAGGUAUGUAAAGCUGUUUUAAACAGGAGACUAUAUAAGUAACUCUGAAGCUUUUGUUCGUUUGAAUAUCAUAUCUUUCCUCAUGGUGGUGGUGGUGGUGGGGGCUGCCUGUUUGACUCUUAGGCACUUGUAUGCAGUCGGUGUUCUUUGGUCAUCAUUUCUUGCAGUGUGCUAUAGUCAUAAUGCUCUCUUCUGUGUUGAUGAAAAAGAGUAUGUGGGCCAAUCUUUUUUAUAAAACACUAUGCAUAUAUAAAUA